AUGGAGUCCAUCCUUCCCAUCAUCGUCGUCACCCAAUCACCGUCAAACUUUCCCUUAGACCUAACCUCCGCCGCCCAAACCCACCACCUAACCACCGGAAUCUGGUCGGAACUUCCGGUGAACUUCCUCUACGGCCUCAUUAAAUACCUCGACAUCAGCACCGACAUCCCCCAUCUUCGAGCUGUUUGCCAUUCAUGGCGUUCCAAACUUUCUCUCUCUCUCCUCCCUUCUUACUCCAUUGGUUUUGGUUCCAUCCCUAAACUCAACUUCAAAACCACUCUACCCGGAUCCGGUUAUCUUCUUGCUUCUCAUUUUUACCUCAUUUCCCCUGUUAAUGGCGGCCAUUGUUACUCACCUUGGCUUGUGAGAAUCCAAGGGAUUGCGACCCAAAAAUGGCGCCUGUUUAACCCGGUUAACAGCUCCGACCCGUAUUUUCUUUCCACCCCACGUCUUAGCUCCGAAAUCAGCUUGUUGGAUCAUAGGGUUCUAGAACUUUCUUCGCCAUUCUCGCUAAUUUCGAGUGGGAAUAAGAGCAAGGUUUUAUCGAAGAAAGUUGUUGGGGGCUGGAAUUAUUUGGCUCCUACUAAUCUUAAUGUUUUUGCUGUUUUGAUUUUGCUUGAGGAGGAAUUUGGUGGAGGGUUGCUUUUUAUGAAAUUGGGGGAUUUGGAAUGGGGUAAAAUUGAAAAGGAUGAUGAUAAUAUUUGCAAUUCUCUCAAUAUUGCUGACAUUGCUUUUUUCAAGGAUGAUUUCUAUGUUUUUGAGAUGAAUACUUGGCAUGUUGGAAUUAUUGAUCCUUCUGAUUGCGAUUUCAAUGAGUCCCCUGAAAUGGAUUUCAUCGAUGCACCGGAGCUCGAUUUCGGGGUUUCGAUGAGUGAUGUUGGUGGUGUUUACUUUGUGCCUGCUAAAGAUGAUUUGUAUUUGGUGUUCGAGGUGUUCGAAGAGAUUGAUUUCAAGGAAAAGCUGAUGAUAUUCAUGCUAGAUGAAAAUGAAUGGGAAUGGAAACGUGUUACCAAUAUUGGUGACAAUGUGUUUUUCAUUGGGUCUGAUGUCUCUUUUGCUGUCUCGGCUGAGCGCCUUCCGGGCGGGUGGAAGAGUGGGACUGUUUGCUUGUUUGAUCGGACAUGUAAACGGUUUAUCGAUCAACAUGUCAAGGCUUUAGGCGAUGAGAUGCCGGAGGGGGCCGAGUGUAUGGAUUCCAUCACCUAUCCCAAGUACUGGAAGUUGUUUCGAAUGUUCGAUAUCGAUGAUGAGGAGAAAAGUGUUGUGCCUUUAGAAGAUCUUGAUGAUAAAGAGGCUUAUACUAAAUUGUUCUUUCCUCCUCCUCCUUGGAUGAAGUGGCAUUCUCCUUCGCUCGAUGAUGUUGCUGUACAAUUGCACAAUCUCAAGUUUACUGAUGCUGAUGAUAAUCAUGGGACUCGUAAUGUUGCUGCUGGUGGUGCUGAUUUGCUCGAAGAAAUUCCGUAG